AUGUCGCAGUGGCUCUCGUUGAUGGGUUGGACCAUCCUUCCUGAUAUGGCCACCCGCUUCCUCCAGAAUCUCUACUACAAUGUCACCAUCCGCGCCGGCUCCCCUCGUCCACAACCAGGCCAGCAACGCUGGGCCGAGCACUACAGGCGCACCUACAUCGUCGUCAUCUGCGCGUAUCUGCUCUUCACCAUCUACGAGGCCGACUGGGAGCUCCAGCGGCCCGCCAACAGGGACUUCUACUCGGUUUUGGGCGUACCUCCGGAUGCCGGCCUGAAGGAUAUCAAGAGGCGCUACCGCCAGCUCUCGGCGGCCAUGCACCCAGACAAGGCGUCGCUGGGUCCUACAGCCUUUGACGCUGACCUGUACGUGCGGGUACAGCUCGCCCACGAGACCCUCUCCGAUGAGGUCAAGCGUUUUGCUUACGACCGCUUUGGGCCGGACAUGACGGGCUGGACGAGGUGCACCGUGGUGCGCGACUACGUGAUGACGGGGGCGACCGGGCUGGUGGGAUACUAUGGCGUGGGUGCCGUGUUUCUGUACGUCCUCCCCAUGCUGGGCUAUUUCAGCGACGGGGUCUAUUGGCGGUACCUCGCCUUCGCGGCCCUGCUCACCUUUGAGGUGCGUACCAUCACCAGCCCGAACCAUCCUUGGCUCCUCGAGGGCCUGGUCAAUCCUUUCCUGGUCCGGAUCGUCAACCCUGUCGUGUCCUUCUGGAGCCCAGGUGCCGCCCACCCGCCAUACCUGCCCUUUCAGGCCGUCGCCAUGGCUCGCAAGCUCAGCGUCACACUGUCCAUCGCGCUGAACCAGAUCCUGCCCCGCCUGACGGCCGACACGCGGGGCGGGCGCCUGCAGCUGAGGAAGAGCAGGGGGGACGACGAGCUCUCCAGUGCGAGGCAGAGCCUGGACGAGCUUGACAAGGCGGUCGUAGCGGCGAACGAGGAGGCGGAACGCUUAGUGAAGACGGAGGCGGCGCCGUUCAUGGGCGACCCACAGCUUUGGAUGACGCUGCGCGAUAAAAUCAAGAGGUGGCUGGUUGACAACACGGUGCGAAACGACCCAUUGACGAAGGCAGCCAUCCACGAGAGGAUCAAGAGACGGAGACAGGACGCACCCGCCGGCGCGCAGGGAAACGGCAUGAGAAUGAGGCAGAAACCGGCUGGGAUGGCGAACGGCAAUGCCUCGGCUCGGUAG